UACCCUGCGGGGCACUACCAGCCGCCCCUGGGGUACGAGCGAAUAACAACAUUCGACAGCAGCGGGAAUGUGGAGGAGGUGUGCCGACCUCGUACCCGCAUGCUCUGUGGCCAGGGCACCUACACUCUACCAGGGCCCGGCAGCUCUGCCACUUUGCGCAUCACCGCUGCUGAGAAGAAGAUGCAGCAACCCUGCACCAGUGCCACCCUGAAUCGGCUGACAGUUCCCCGUUACUCCAUCCCCACUGGGGACCCACCGCCCUACCCCGACAUUGCCAGCCAGCUGUCACAGGGCAGGAGCAUUGCACAGAGGCUGGACAGCAGUAUCAUCCAUGCUACUUUGCGGAGGAAUAGUAGGGAGGCAGCGCUGAAAAUGGCCCAGCUGGUGGACAAUCAGAGAGCCACCUUGCAGCUUCCCCCAAAAGCCAAGAGCAGCGUUGUGACAGCACAGUACCAGCAGAGAAUACCCACUGCUUUGUACACCUGCAGCCAGUGCAGCAGCAGUGGCGGAAGCAGCACCACGAGUGCUGGUGGUGUGGGCAACAUCACUAAUGCCAACUCUGGCAGCAGCACUUCCAGCAUUGGUGGCAUGAGACCUGAUAUGAGCACAGGGAGUGGCUCCCAGCACAGCUCUGUCAUCGCUCACUCUGUCAGUACAUCGCCUUUGGCCUCCCAGUCCUCCUACAACUUGCUGAGCCCACCUGACAAUUCCCGUGACCGGGCAGAUUAUAUCAACUCUGCCUUUACGGAGGAUGAAGCCCUUUCUCAGCACUGUCCAGUGGAAAAAUCGAUACGGCACGUACCUGUGGCCUUGACGGAGGCUGCCAUCGGUGUAAAACGGCCACCGCCGUACCAGUGGGAUCCUAUGGUGAGCGAAGAGAUAUGGGUUCCUCAGGAAAGGACAUCUCAGAACUCUGUACCCAACCCUUUAAAACCAGCUCCUCUCAUCAUUGGUCAGACUCAGCAUCUGGAUAUGUCUCGAAUGCCGUUUGUCUCCCCUAAGUCUCCAACUAGUCCCACUGCCACUUUCCAGACAAGUUAUGGGGUCGGAGUACCGUACCCAGGAAGCUACAGUGCCCCUCCCCUUCAGGGAAUGCAGCCCCCAUGCUCCCCCAAAGAAGCUCUGGCUCCAACACAGUUUGCACAGCAGGAGCCCACAGUAGUGCUUCAACCAGGUUAUCCACCCAACCUCUCCUAUUGCCCUUUGCCACCCAUGUAUCCUGGAAGUAGCGCCUGCUCUAGUUUACAGCUGCCACCGAUAGCCUUGCACCCAUGGAGCUCCUACAGCGCAUGCCCACCGGUGCAGAAUCCCCAGGGCACUCUGCCUCCAAAGCCGCUCCUCGUCGUGGAGAAGCCGGUUAUGUCUCCCCCACCAACUGAGCUUCAGGGCCAUGUGGGUACAGAGGUGAUGGUGGAGACGGCGGACACCUUCCAGGAGGUGCUCUCCUUGACAGAAAGUCCUGUUCCUCAAAGGACAGACAAAUUCGGCAAGAAGAGCCGAAAGCGGCUGGAUAGUCGCGCUGAGGAAGGAAACGUGCAGGCUAUCACCGAGGGCAAGGUCAAAAAGGAUUCGAGGACACUGACUGACUUCAAUUCGCUAAUAUCCAGCCCAAGGCUGGGCAGAGAGAAGAAGAAAGUCAAGAGCCAGAAAGACCAGCUCAAGUCCAAGAAGCUGAAUAAGACAAAUGAAUUUCAGGAUAGUUCAGAGAGUGAGCCGGAGCUUUUUAUCAGUGGAGAUGAACUGAUGAACCAGAGUCAGGGCAGCAAAAAGGGUUGGAAAACCAAAAGGAAUUUGAGGACAGCCAGUGAGCUGGAUGAGUUCAAGUGCCGUAAGGCCAGCGAGAAGGAGGACGGGAGACUGGGGAGCCAGGGCUUUGUGUACGUGAUGGCCAACAAGCAGCCACUGUGGAACGAGGCAACACAAGUCUAUCAGCUGGACUUUGGAGGGCGAGUGACCCAGGAGUCGGCAAAAAACUUCCAGAUUGAGCUGGAAGGACGGCAGGUGAUGCAGUUUGGAAGGAUUGAUGGCAAUGCUUACAUUUUGGACUUUCAGUAUCCAUUUUCUGCAGUGCAAGCCUUUGCUGUUGCUCUGGCUAAUGUGACUCAACGCCUCAAAUGAACAAGCAGAAACCUGGAGAGAGGAAAAUGUUGUCAAAACCUUCUCAUAGAGUCCAAACUGGAAAAUGUCGGGGCAGCCUACGUUAGGUGCGCUGAGGUGCCUGGAAGCGAGGAAGGCCGUAAAACUGGAAAAGUCUCUUAGUGCCCAACAGAAGGGCAUUAACUCUAAUCAGUCAUGGGGUGGAGGGUGGGGGGCUUUCUUCUCUUUUGUUUGUUUGUUUGUUUGUUUGUUUUCAGGUGCUUUCUUUUUUUAAAGCAUUGUGCUGGGUUUCAGAAAGAGCAAAGGGUUGAGAGCCAUUCAGUGUUAUGUGGAGAAGUGUGGCUUUUGGCUUGUUGUGAUGGUUCUGCUGUGUUUGCUACAAUAGCUGAUGUAAGCUCAUAGAGGGAUUAAAAAAGACUGCUCUUUUUGAUA